GAAUACACGCGAAAUAAAUGAAUAACCUACACUCAGGAAUCUUAAAAGACAUCGGAACCGAUACAUUCAUAUCGAUGGUUUUAAAGUCAGUGGGGAAGAUAUUUAGCGACGGACCGCAUGACCACCAACCGGUGCGUUUAGUUUUUAACGUCAGCUUUACUAAGAGAAAUAAAAUAAUAAAAGUGUGGUUAUGAAUUUGUGUGCUGAACGCAAUUCAGUGUUAACCCGAAGUGCGCCGGACUUUCGGUGGAAUAAAGAUGAUGCAAUUUUUAAAUGCGAAAUAUAGUGGCUAGAGUCCUUUUUCUAAGAGGUUAGCUACCUGCAGGUAAUAAAAAAGACUGCAGGAACUGAAGAGAUGAGUGAUGCCGUGGAACAGGAGAACCCACGCAGUGAGAAGAUUGAUUGGGGAGGUCUGGUGGAACAAAAGCAAGAAGACGCAGAGACGGCGUCGAUCCACAGCUGUGCUGCUGGGGAACUGCUGCGGAACGCGCACGUCGGUCUUUCGAACCCGGAGUCGGACACGGCCAGGUGCUCCCUCGUUGCCGGGGAGUAUCUGUAUUUCCACUACGGCUGCGACGGGCUGGACGAUCGGGGGUGGGGCUGUGGGUAUCGCACCGUGCAGACUCUCUGCUCGUGGCUGUGUCUGAACCAGCCGCAUCUGAAGGCCCGCGAACCCCCGCCCAGCCUUCCCCAAAUACAGCAGGCGCUGGUCACCGUCGGGGACAAGCCCCCCUCAUUCCGGGGGUCCCGCGAGUGGAUAGGAACCUUCGAGGCGGCGCUGGCCUUGGACCACCUCUACGACGUGCCCUGUAAGAUCGUGCACGCGCGAAAGGGCGGGUCGGAGUUGGCGGGCGUGGCGGAGGAGCUUCACCGGCACUUCCAGACCCAGGGGUGCCCCGUCAUGAUGGGAGGGGACAGGGACAACUCCUCCAAGGGGAUCGUGGGCGUUUCGACGGGUGCGCGAGGGAGCCACCUGCUGGUGAUCGACCCGCAUUACCGCGGCCCUCCUCUGGACAGGGAGUCGGCGCAAAGGUUGCGGUGGGUCUCGUGGAAGAAAGUGGAGUCCCUGGAUCACAGCUCGUUCUACAACCUCUGCUUGCCCCAGACAGCGAGGAAGGGAAGAAACGAGUGAGAGGGAAAGUGUAAAGAUGGAGGGGUGAAAUGUAUAUCAAGAGAGGAGUGGUAUGAGGCAGAAAAAUGAUUUUACAUUAAUUGGAAAUUGUAUUAUUUUCCUGUUUAUUAAUUUGAGAAAGUAUGCAUCUUUAUCUUGUGGAUUAAUGAGCACUUUGAAUGCAAGCAAAAAGUGAUUGCACUGGGUCUUUCAAAUAAAUAUGUCAAUUUUGGACUGACUUGUCAGUUUGCUAUUGCCCUCCUACGUAUUGAUGCUGGGGGACUCCUGUCAAUCACUUGAAAUAAAAAUGAUUGAAAUGACACUUAA